GUCCCGUUUACUCAGAUGCAGAUAAUGGCGGCCAAAUUAAAUGAAAAUGUCAACACAGUAGUUUAGCUGGUUUCGUGAUUUUCCGUGUUGCUGAAUAGAUAGAUACUACAUGUUCAAUAGGGACCAUGGAUCAGAGUACACCAGUGAGACGAAAGAGAAAACCCGACAACAGUGAAACUGAAAAUGACAGCUCACACAAAGUUACAAUUCAGUGUGGACAACAGAUUUAUAUAAGAAGCAAACAUCAUGGUUGGGAAACUGCUGUUCUGAAAGAUGUGAGAAGUGCCACCGGUAGCAAUGGUAACAGGGCUUUUGUUGCAGAGACUACCUCAGGGGAGGAGUUGGAGUGUAGACAAGAGGAUGUCCUCCAUUGUUCCAGUGUCCCUCUGUGUAGCACCGAGCGCUUGUCAGACCUUGCUCCCCUCAAUGAAGCCACAGUCCUGCACUGUCUGUGGGAGAGGUUCAAGCUGGACUGUAUAUACACCAAGGCUGGAUCUACAGUGGUGGCUGUCAAUCCGUUCAAGGACAUCCCAGAUCUUUACUCACUUGACACUGUAGAGGCAUACUGCAUACGACAAGCCAGCAAACAGGAAUCAAGGGCCCCACACAUCUAUGAGAUUGCAGAGGAAGCUCACAGUCGCCUACAGCAAGACUCCCACCCCCACGGACAGUGCAUCAUUGUCAGUGGAGAGAGUGGGGCAGGCAAGACUGUGUCUGCCAAGCACCUGCUGAGAUAUCUGACAGUGGUGGCCAACCCUCUCACAGACCUUCACUGGGACAGAAAACUUUCUGAAUGUACAGGAAAGGGCAAGGCCAUUGAGAGGAGAAUCCUAGACUCCAAUCCCAUCCUAGAGGCAUUUGGUAAUGCUGUUACACCAAGAAAUAACAACAGUUCAAGAUUUGGGAAAUUCAUUCAGCUGCAGAUUCAGAGGUGAGAAAAUCAAACAGGAGCGGUGAUAGAGACUUACCUCCUAGAGAAGACCAGAGUUGUCCACCAAGGUUCUGGAGACUGUAACUUCCACAUCUUCUAUCAGCUGUGUGGAGCUUCAAGUAGUGUCCCUGACACAGAGCAGCCAGGAUGGGUGUGUCAGCUGAGAGCUCUACUACAGGGCCACAGUUUCAACAUUGUACCCAGGAAGGAAGGAGUAACAGAAAGAAAAUCCUUGCAAACUACCCUGGAGGCCAUGUCUGACAUCGGUUUGUCCGACCAUCUGCAGCAAGCUGUGCUACAGGUUAUUGCAGCUGUUUUGUUCCUGUGUAACGUAGACUUCACAGCUGAAGAUGAGGACUACAGCAGACUCAGCUCACAAUCAGCUCAGAUGUCCUUCCUGGAGCGAUCGUGUCUGGAGCUGUCAGCAACCUGCGAGGCAAGAGUGCAGUGCUGCCACCUAUUGGGCGUGUCUGCAGACACUCUAGAGCAGGUGCUUCUCCACCGUAGUAUCGAGUCUGGGGGCAGCAAGCGCCGCAGUGUCUUCGUGAAACCAGUCUCAAUCGCUGAUGCUCGCACUCGGCGGGACUGUCUCGCCAUGCUGCUGUACUCCAGAUUGUUUGAUUGGUUGGUAGACUUCCUCAAUCAGCAGAUCAAAUCUGAGGGGCACUCAGGCAUGAUUGGGUUACUGGACAUCUAUGGCUUUGAGAUGUUUGACAUCAACAGUCUGGAACAGCUGUGUAUCAAUUAUGCCAAUGAGAAGCUACAACAGCAUUAUGUUGGCCAUUUCCUGGGUGACCUGCAGACAGAGUAUGAAGCUGAGCAUAUUCCAUGGCAGCAUAUUGAUUACCAUGACAACCAGGUGUGUCUUGAUGUGCUGGAGGGAAGAGCGGGAGUGUUUGGUGUAUUGAAUGAGGAAGUAUACCUCAGCAGGAAGUCUAACCCUCGGAGUCUCGGGGAGAGGGUGCUGGGUGUCAACAGCCAUACCGCCAUCAAGCGCCCCAAGACCUUCUCCACACAUCCAGGCUUUGUCAUACAACACUAUGCUGGAGAUGUCCGCUACGACUUGGAGCAAAUCACCACCAAAAACAAAGACAACAUUCCGGUGGAGUUGGUGCGGUUGCUGCAGCAGAGUAGCAACACUUUCCUCUCUCAAUUGUUUGAAGAGUUCCACACUGUUGAGGUGUCAGGCAGAAAGAGGAAAACUGUCCUCACUAAAUUCAAGGUUUCUCUUGACGGUCUAUUGUCAACACUCAAGUCAUGCGAUGUCCACUACGUCCGCUGUAUCAAGCCUAACAGAGACAGCAAGCCAGGCCAAGUGGAUCCAGCCUUCGUUCUCCAACAGCUGAAGGCUAACGGCAUCCUAGAGACAGUGGAGAUAUGCAGGAGGGGAUACUCUACCAGACUACCGUACUGGGAGUUCCUUCAGAGAUACGGCCUGCUCAUCGGGGAAGAGGAGCACGGAACAGAUGGGUUUGGAGGCAAGGGAGGUGAUGUGUCGGACCCUGUGGAGAUCUUACUCCAGAAACAACGGUCUGCGACGCCACGGCACUCCACCACUCCACAGAGAGUGCUCAGGAGAAGGACAGGAUUGUCAAGCCUUGACCACACCCGCAAGUGUUGCGCGGUUGUCCUGUCCAAAGUCCUUGGGCCUGAGUUUGUUAAGAAUGGAGGGGUUCGGGAUCAGUUCGGGAAGAAUAAAAUCUUCUUGCUGCAACAACAGUUUGAGGCACUGGAAGCAGCACGGAAUGAUCUGCGAGCCCGAUACGCUGUGAUCCUCCAACAGGCUUGGCGUAGAUACAGACAGAGGAAGAGGAGACAGGCAGUCAGGGUUAUCUGGGACGCAUGGAAGAUGUACACUCAACGGAGGUGUCUGGCUCGCCAACAUGCAGCAGCUCGAUGUAUACAGAGAGGAGUGCAGGGCUGGUUGGCCAAAUGUCGACUGAGAGAUGCACUGAAGGCCAUCAACUCCCGGACCACAAUCCCUGGAUCAUCAUGGUUACAACAGAGUCCAGGUCAGGGCGGCAAGAGGAAGCUUCGUCCGAACCCAUCAGAUGGACAGCCGAUGUCCAGCAGUACACACCAGGUUCAGUCGGUCAGCAGCAAGGAGAAUCAGAAUCCCAAGAGGGAUCUUCCAUCCAUAUGGGAGUCCCUGUCCGAAGACUCAGGCAUAGAUGAUGGGCACAGUCUGUUGGGUAUGACUUGACAGGGCCACCAAGCAAGCGGCUGAAACUGACCUGCUCCACCUACGGCAACCUCCAUGACAUCCACGUCGGCGAUGGCGUCAUCACCCGCAGAAAGAUACCAGUGGGAGGUAUAAGGUUCCACACCAGGGAGAGUGUGCUGAAGAAUGCCCAUGUUGUCCACAAGAGGGAGCUGGAGAGAGGCAUAACAGACUGCCUGAUGGAC